AGCUGUUUCCGUUUCAAGAGGCCACCACUUCGGAACGGAGGGGGGGCGCUGCCUCGGGCAUGGUUCGAGUGCUCAAUUGUUAGAAAUUUUAAUCAGAGGUUCAGCGGCGCAUGGCGACCUUGGGCGGUGAAGCUGCCCUUGCUUCGCCAAUGAUGAUGCCUCUACUUUUGUGCACCUUCUUGAUCGUGUCCAUGCAGCUGGGCUUCGCGAUGCUGGAGGUGGGCUGCGUGCGGCAGGAGCACCGGAUGACGGUCCUGGCCAAGAACCUCCUCGACACCAUGAUCUCCAGCUUGUGUUUCGCUGUUGCCUGCCAAAUUAUCCGGCCCAGCAUCGUCAUGCGCGAGGGCCAGACGGAGAGCCAACUGGUGCUGCUGCACUGGGCCUUCCUCUCCACUGCUGUGACCAUCUGUUCCGGGGCCAUGGCGGAGCGCACCCAUCUGACAGCAUACCUUUGCUACGCAGUGGCGAUGUCCGGAUUUGUGUACCCGAUCCUGGCCGACAGUGUGUGGGGCUCGGCGCCAGCGCUGCUUCAUGGGGGCUUCCACUCCCUCACCGGUCACAGCUACUACGACUACGCGGGCGGCGGCGUGGUGCAUCUUGCUGGCGGUAUGGCAGCCUUGGCCGGAAACCUUCUGGUGGGCAGGCGUAUCCUGCGGCCACCAGCCAAGGACUUCAUCCAAGCCGCGAACACCGCGGCGAGUGACGAAAAGGAGCGGCUCAAGGAAGUUCUACAAGAGACCUGGCAGCGCCGCUUCGACCGCGCGGAGGACGAUGAGAAGGAGUUCAGGCCCAACGGCUACCUGCAGGUGAUGGGGACCUUCACUCUGUGGGUGGGCUGUUAUGGCUUCAACGCCAGCCCGGCGUUCGCUCGAGGGGAUAGCGCCUCGGCGGCUUUGGCGGCCUGGAACACCACUCUGGCAGCCUCCGCAGGGUCCAUGGGCGCCUUCCUCCACUCGCACUUCUUCAAGGAGUCCAUGGAGCUCGGCUUCUUGUGCAACGGCAUCCUCUCCGGACUGGUGGCUCUCACCGUUGCAUGCGACAUUUUGAAACCCUGGGGGGCGGUGCUCGUGGGCUUCAUCGCCGGCUUCGUGGUGUACCCCUUAGGCCACUAUGCCAUGAGGCGCUUGCGUGUGGAUGAUCCAGCAGACGCCAUCCCAGUGCAUGCGGGCAGCGCCCUCUUUGGCGUGCUGUCUGCCGGCUUGUGUAAACCUGCCUGCGGGCCCUUUCCAGAUCAUCCCUUCUGCCGCCCCGAUCACCAGAUUGGCCUUCAAUUCCUGGCGCAGCUGGUCGGCGUUUUAACGAUCAUUGGGUGGACGCUCGCGGUGAUCUUCCCGGUCUGGGCCUUCUUCCUCUUCUCCGAGUCCAUCCGUUCCUUGGAGCUGGAAAACCUCGUGCAGACCUUCUCGCACACUGUGGACAUGGAAGCUGGCAAUGAGGAGGCCUUCUGGAAAGAAGCUGCACGAAGCUCCCGCGUUCUCCGAUCGCUCCUAAGUCACUACGGCUGGACGUCGGGGGCGUUCGCUUUCCCCGGCGAGACGGCCUUAAGAAAAGACGAGACCACGGCCGCGGAGUUCCGCGCGGAUUUGCUGGAUGCGAUUCAGGGCGCCAAGUCGGCCCUGGAGACAGACUUCUGCCUUAUGCAGCUCUUUAUCCGCUUGGCGAGGCAGGCAAAGCGGCUGCGGUGCUGCCAGUGGCUGGGCCGCCUGCGGCUGCGGAUCUCCCCGUUUGCGGAGCUGUCUGGGCUGGGCGCCCUGGCCCCCGACGUGUUGCAGGGCCAGCAGAUGGCAGAAAUGAUGAAGGGCGUGCUGCAAGUGGUCACGGACAUGCGCACUGCGGAGUCACAGCAGUCUCUUCCGCUGCAGCAGCAACUGGACAACCUCACCCGGCAGGUUCAGAACCAAGGUGUUUUGCUACAGCGCAUGUCUCGCAGCAAGCGCUUCGCAGGCUUUCGCGCCCAUUUGGCCAGCGUCUCGGAGACGGAGCGGCCCGCAGUGCUGCGGCCGGAGCCGUCCCCGCAGCCGCCGGAGGCGUCUCCGGCACCGGUGGCGCGGGGUCGGGAACGGUUGCGAGAGCACGGCAACCUGGCGGAGCUGCAUGCCCGUGCUGCGACUCCGGAAGAUCGGCCCCGUACCUCCUCCCGAUCCGUGCGCUCCACGAGGUCCAUGACCUCGCAGGACAGCACCAUCUCCGACAAGAGCAUGGGCCUGAUCACGCCCCGCUCUGGGGAUGAGACGCCUCCUCCCACCCUCUACGGUCGAUUGUCGAGCCCUCGAGGUGGCCACGCCGCAGUGUCGGCCAUGGCUUCGGAGCUGGCGAACUUGCUGCAGGCUCAGCAGCGCCUGGUUUCGUCAUUGCAACCAUCCGGGAACGAGGAGUUCCACAGGCAGCUUUUGGUGGCACUGGACCGGCGAGAGAGGCCGCAAACCAGCCGUUCGAGAUCUUCCUUGUCCAGCUCCGAGAGCUUCCCCCUGGCUGUCUCAACUGCCAGCUUGGGCGAAGGUCCGAGCAAUCUUUGACUCCGACUCCACUCGUCUCUGGUGACCCAGAACAUGUUUUUUCUCUGCAAAGCGUGCGGAAGCCGAAGCCUAAGGAGGUUUUCGACAACCUGCCUGAUGCACAGCCCCGAAUGGCUUGCCCAGCCCAAGAUUUGAACCCAAGGGAUGUGCGAAUUGUGCAGCUUGAAGAAGCUCACUUAGAGUGCUGA